AGAAAUGAGUGAGCAGGGAGUGACAUACUCAGAGCUGAAGCUGCCUUAUGCCAAGAAAGCGAAGCCAGGCAAAAACCAUCCCACCAGCAAAAAGAGAAAAACUACAUGUAAAAUCAUCGUGGGAACAAUAUGCUUUUUAAUCGUGCUGACAAUUGCCGGUUUAGGAUAUAUGUAUUAUAAGAAGUCCCUCAAAGAAGAUACAAGAGGUACAAAAGAAAACAGUACUUCAUCGGGACCUGAAGUUGAUUCGGUCGUGCCAGCCGGUACAGGAACAGUCUCUAGCUCCCUGGUGACACAAUCGUAUUGCCAUGGAAGACAUUGCUACUAUUUUUCAAAACAAGCACUAAGUUGGAAUCAGAGUAAGAAGUCAUGCCAGAAUAUGGACUCCAGCCUUGUAAAGAUUGAUGACAAGGAGGAGCAGACUUUCAUUCAAUCAAAAAUCAAUUAUACAUACUGGAUUGGAUUGUACAGAACCGAAUCUGAACAUAAGUGGAAGUGGCAGGAUGGUACAGAGCCUACUGAGCAGCUGGUUUUUCAACACCUAACUAAAAUGGAUGGAAAAUGUGGAUGCAUCAAACCACGAUUCAUUGACAGUGCUGACUGUACAAGAAUAUUUCCUUACAUUUGUGAGAGAAUCUGGCCUUUCAUCAAUAAUUAGUUCAACUGUCUUGGAAAGCAGUGUGGGGAUUCCUCAAGAAACUCAAUCUAAAAGUACAUCUUUCCAAAACUGACCUAUCCCAUCUCUAGGAGCAUAUGGCAUUAAAUGGAAUUUACAUAUGGAUGAACGCCUGCACGCCUAUGUCUAAAGUAGUUCAAUUCCUAAUAGCAAGAAUAUGGCAUAAAUGGAUAUGUCCAUCAAGUAAUGACUGGAGGAAGAAAAUAUAUAAAUUAUAUCUAAAUAAAUGUACAUAAAUCAAAAUGUAAAAGAAUAAACUUCAUGCUUGCAACCAAGUUGAAUUAGACAUCAAUGAUGAAUCUGUUUUUUUCUCUUUGUGGAUAUUAACAUAUCAAGC